GUCUCUCUCUCCUGUGACUUACCCGGGACAGUCUCUCAGGCUCAAGUCUACCACAUCUCCCUCGUUUCUGCAUUGCAAACUCUAGUGAAGCAUGGGAAACUUGUGCUCCGUCUCGUUGUCAAUCGAUAACUUGGUCUCUCAGUGCAGUGAUUGCACAUCCGCACAAGUCAAUUAUGUAUGUAAACUUGAAGAUAGCAUUGGUAAUUUGAGGACUGCACUGGAAGAGUUGAAGGAAUUCAAGAACGACAUGAAGAGUAAGAUUGACAUUGCUGAAGGACCACAAAUGAAGCGUCUCAACCAAGUUCAAGGAUGGCUUUUAAGGGUGGAAGCCAUGGAAAUUGAAGUAAAUGAACUCAUGACAAUAGCAAGUAAUUGUUGUCCCAAGAAUUUCUACUCCAGGCACAAACUGGGGAAGAAAAUAGCCAAAAAGCUAGAAGAUGUUGCUGCUUUGAAGAGCAAAGGAGUUUUUGAAGUGCUGGUUCAGAGGUUACCUUCAGCUGCGGUAGAUCUUAGACCCAGUGACCCAACAGUGGGCACAGACUUGAUUUUUGAGAAGAUUUGGAGCCACCUAGAAGAAGAACAUGUGGGAAUUAUCGGAUUAUAUGGGUUAGGAGGAGUUGGGAAGACUACCAUUUUGACCCAAAUUAACAAUAAGCUAGCCAACACUACUCAUGAUUUCGAUAUUGUGAUUUGGGUAGUGGUGUCCCAAACUCCAGAUCUGGAAUGGAUUCAAAAUGAGAUAGGGAAAAGGAUAGGACUUUAUGAAGAGAGAUGGGUAAACAAAAGGCUAGAUGAGAAAGCUAUGGAUAUCUUCGGUGUCUUGAGCAAAAAGAAGUUUGUUUUGUUGUUGGAUGAUAUAUGGAAGCGCCUUGAUCUGUCAAAAAUUGGGAUUCCAAUUCCAAACAAGGAAAAUAAGUGUAAGGUUGCAUUCACAACCCGUUCGGAGGAAGUGUGUUGCAGCAUGGAAGCUCAGAAAAAGAUUGAAAUUGAGGGUUUACCAUGGGAGAAGGCUUGGCAUUUGUUUCGAGAGAAGGUUGGUGAAGAGAACCUUAAUUCUGAUCCAUUCAUACUCAAACUAGCUCAACUUGUUGCCAAAGAAUGCCGCGGUCUUCCACUUGCACUGAUUACUGUAGGUCGAGCCAUGGCUUGCAAGAAGACACCCCAAGAAUGGGAAUAUGCAAUUCAAGUGCUCAACAGAUCUGCUGCAGAAUUUCCAGGUAUGGAGGAUGAUGUGUUUCGUCGAUUACAUUUUAGUUACGAGAGUCUACCAAGCGAUACAGUUAGAUCUUGUUUCUUAUAUUGCUCUUUAUUCCCUGAAGAUUAUUGGAUUAGUAAAGAAAAUUUGAUAGACUAUUGGAUUGGUGAGGGAUUUUUAAAUGAAUGUAAUGAUAAUGAAGAAGGAGCUCGAAACCAUGGGUACAACAUUAUAGGCACUCUUCUUCAUGCAUGUUUGCUGGAGGAAGCCUCAAGAAAUGGGUUAAAAAUGCAUGAUGUGGUUCGUGACAUGGCACUGUGGAUAGCCUGUGAAUAUGGGAAGCAGACGUACAAGUUUUUGGCGCCAGCAGGUGCUAUGAAGACUGAAGCACCGGAAGUUUCAAAAUGGAAGGAAGUAAAGAGGAUGUCACUGAUAAAGAAUAAGAUCAAGAAAUUAACAGAAACACCAACAUGCCCGGAACUCACAACUUUACUACUCAAAUAUAAUCAUUUGAAGAAGAUCACUAGUGGUUUCUUCGAAUUUAUGCCUGCUUUGAAAGUUCUAGACCUGUCAGGAAAUAAAUAUUUAGCUGAUUUUCCAUCGGAAAUUUGUAAAUUGAUUUCAUUGCAGUAUCUGAAUCUAUCAGGGACAGACAUAAGACAGUUGCCAGUUGAUCUCCAGAACUUGGUAAGAUUGAGAUAUUUGAACCUCAAAAAUACAAAACGACUCAAUCCAAUUCCACCCCAAUUGCUAUCACGAUUAUCAUCCUUGCAAGUGUUGAAGAUGUUCAAUAGUACUGGUUCUUUUUAUUCUCAAGCGAUGGGAGAUGGUGUGCAAACUGGCGGGAGUGAAACAUUCUUUGAGAAAUUGGAUGAUUUGAGAUGCUUAACUGAUUUGAGUGUGACAAUCAAUAGUGCCUCUGCUUUCCAAAGACUUUCAAGCUCACACAAGUUGCAGAGCUGUACUCGAGGCUUAUACUUCUGGAGCUCAAGUUUUUCUGCCACUUUCAAUGUAUCAACUCUGGGAUAUAUGAAGCAGUUAGAUAGGCUUUGUUUCGAGGAAUGUCAUGAUUUGGAAUAUUUGGCGAUCGAUUGGGCAUUGGAAGAACUGGAGAUACAAACACCCAAUAGUCUGCACAACUCUCAAAUCAGAAGUCACCAAUGCUUCAACAGCCUUUGUUGGGUAGACAUAAUCAAGUGCCCAAGUUUAAAAAGCCUAACGGUGCUUAUUUUGGCUCCAAACCUUUGGAACCUUCACAUUCAUGGUUGCGAUAAUCUGGAAGAAGUAAUAAGUGGAGGUAAAUGGGUGAAAGCAGCAGAGGAGAGGAAAAUUCCAAAACCUUUUGCAAAACUGGAACGUUUGUUAUUACGAAAUCUACCAAAACUUAAGAGCAUCUACCCAAGUGCCCUGUCCUUCCCUUGCUUCAAAUAUCUCCAAGUACGUCUGUGUCCAGAGCUGAACAAGCUUCCUCUCAGCUCUGACAGUGCAAAAGAACGCCAAACUGUCAUUUUGGGGCACAGAAAUUGGUUUGAUAAGUUGGAAUGGCAGGAUGAAGCCACACGAAAUGCUUUUCUUCCCUAUGCCACAAUUGUGGAAUGAGAUCUCAGUGGCAGCAUAAUGGAAGUGAUCCAGGCAGAAGCCCAGUUGAGUGAUCAUUGACAGCUCAAAAGUCGUAUUUGCACAAUUGUUUGGAGGUGAUGCUUGGAGUCGGACUUGUUGGUCUUCUUGGCCUCUUGCAACUACUAAAAUUGCUUAUGUCCUCUUGUGCGUAUUCAUCAAAGAAAACCAGGUUCAAGUGUUUGCAGUAUUCAAUUCAAGUGUUUUUUUUUUUCUAACAAGUCUGCAGCAGAGGAAUUUUAGAUGGGGGAAUGUGGUGUUUCUGCUUAUUAGAUAUGAAUCAUACCAAGUCUGGAAUAAUGAAUUUCAAACAUCUUGGAGUUUCAACUCAGAUCUUCAAAGUGUGAGCAGAUUGUGCUGCAAUAAGGGUUUCAUCAGCUGUGUUAUCUCAAAGUAAGAGCCUUGACCAGAUGGAAUGUUCACAGAUUUGAACAUAUUCAUUGAGUAUCAACAAUUUUUUUGAAUUAUAUAUAGAACAACACACACACACACUAGGGCUAGAGCCCCACACACACAGGGUUGACAAUUAAUUGUGUCAUGUCAAAGUUUUGUUGCGUGAAAAUUUGUGUAAUCAUAUAUUUGAUCCAUUUAU